AUGAUCAGAGAUAAAAUAAAGGUUGCGCAAGACAGGCAAAAGAGCUACUAUGAUAAGAGGAGGAAACAGUUAGAGUUCCAAGUGAGGGACCAUGUGUUUCUGAAGGUCUCACCUGUAACCGAAGUGGGGAGAGCUCUAAAAUCUCAAAAGUUGUCUCCUAAGUUUAUUGGACUGUUCGAAGUGCUGAGUAGAAUUGGUCUAGCUGUGUAUAGGAUCGCGUUGCCUCCGAAUCUCUCGAAUCUACAUCCGGUGUUCCAUGUGUCGCAGCUUAGACAAUAUGUGUCAGAUCCUUCCCAUGUGAUUGAUCUUGACCCGGUUCAAGUGAGAGAGGACUUGUCAUAUGAUGUAUACCCGAUGAGGAUUGCUGACUACCGUGUUAAACAGCUGAGGAGUCAAGAGAUAUCAUUGGUGAAGGUAAUCAAGACGAUCAGCAUCGGACUCAGUAAAGGGGUGGAUGGAACUGUUAUGGGACUUAGGAUAUCAUUUUGA